CUAGAUGCCGAUUGGAGCCCCUGGCUCCCCACCUGCAGGGGAGUCACUUCACAGGUAGUGAAGCAGGUCUGCAGGUGUCUGUCUUUCUCUCUCCCUCUCUGUCUUCCCCGCCUGUCUCCAUUUCUCUCUGUCCUAUCCAACAACAACAACAAUUAUUAUUAUAACAACAAUAAAAAACAACAAGGGAAACAAAAGGGAAAAUAAAUAAAUAAAUAAAAAAUAUAAAAAUAUAUAAACUGAUUGUAUCUCCAUAGACUAUAUAGAGAACAAGUAAGUGAAAAUGAAAAGUGGAAGAAGAAGCAUAGAGACGAUUAGAAAAUGAAGAAGCAUAGAGAUGAUUAGAAAGUGAAAAUCUGUGUUCCCUAUUUAAAGGGCAGGCUUGAGAGCUUGUCUUCAGAGAACCCAGGAUCCCAGGUUCACCCGGUCACUCAGCUCUGCCAGGCCAGCAGCACCCUCCUUUUGCCAAUGGCCCUCCUGCUGUCUCUCCUGAUGACCCUGGUGGUGCUCAGUUGUGGCCCCAGUGGCUCUCUGGGUUGUGAGCUGCCCCAGAGCCAUGUCCUGGACAGCAUCCAAAACAUGAGGCUUCUGGGCCAAAUGAGGAGACUGUCCCCUCUGUCCUGCCUGAAGGACAGGAGAGACUUCAGAUUCCCCUGGCAGCAGGUGGAUGGCAGCCAGUUGCAGAAGGUCCAGGUCAUGUCUGUGCACCAUGAGAUGGUGCAGCAGGCCUUCCAGCUCCUCCUGUCAGAGCGCGCCUCUGCUGCCUGGGACAAGACCCUCCUGGACCAGGUGCGCACAGGGCUGCACCAGCAGCUGGAACACCUGGACUCCUGCUUGGUGCAGCUGGGGACAGAGGAGGACUCUGCCCUGAGCUAUGGGAGAGCUUCCCUGGAGAUGAAGAGGUACUUCCAGAGAAUUCGUCUCUACCUGAAAGAGAAGAAGUACAGUGCGUGUGCCUGGGAGGUCAUCAGAGUGGAAAUCAUGAGAUCCUUCUCUCUGUCCACAACCUUGCAAGAAAGAGUCAAGGAUGAAGAGCUGGGGUCACCUUGA